ACGGGGAGAGGCUGCCUCUGUCUUGGGGACUAAAGGCAGAAGAAUACACAGAAGUGAGCACCCACCUCCAGUCAGAGAUGGCACCUACUGGCUUGAGCCCGAGGGCCGCUGUCCUCUGUCUCCUGGCCUGGGCCAGUCUGGCCGCUGCUGACCGGGUGUACAUACACCCUUUCCACCUCCUCGUCUACAGUAAGAGCAGCUGUGAGCAGAUGGAAAAGUCCAACAUGGAGACGCCCAAAGAGCUGACCUUCACACCAGUCCCAAUUCAGGCCAAGAUAACCCCUGUGGACGAGGAGGUCCUUCGAGAGCAGCUGGUGCUGGCCACCGAGAAGCUGGAGGAGGAAGAUAGGCUGAGGGCAGCGAAGGUGGGCAUGAUGCUCAACUUCCUGGGCUUCCACAUGUACCGCAUGCUGAGCGAGUCAUGGAGCACAGCCAGCGGGGCCAUCCUGUCCCCAACAGCUCUCUUUGGCACCCUGGCCUCUUUCUAUUUGGGUGCCCUGGACCCCACGGCCAGUAGACUACAGGCGUUCCUGGGCGUCCCCGGGGAGGAUCAGGGCUGCACGUCCCGGCUGGAUGGCCACAAGGUCCUCUCUGCGCUGCAGACCAUCCAGGGCCUUUUGGUCACCCAGGGAGGGGCUAGUGGCCAGUCCAGACUGCUCCUCACCACGGUGGUGGGCCUGUUCGCGGCCCCUGGCCUGCGUCUGAAGCAGCCAUUUGUGCGGGGCCUGGCCCCCUUUGCCCCCGUCACCCUCGAGCGCUCUCUGGACUUGUCCACGGACCCAGAUCUUGCCGCUGAGAAGAUCAACACGUUCAUGCAGGCAGUGACAGGGUGGAAAAUGAACAGACCCCUGUCAGGACUCAGCCCGGAUAGCACCCUACUUUUCAACACCUAUGUCCACUUCCAAGGAAAGCUGAAGGGGUUCUCCUUGCUGGAGGGGCUCCAGGACUUCUGGGUGGACAACACCACAGCAGUGUCUGUCCCCAUGCUCUCGGGCACCGGAACCUUCCAGCACUGGAGCGACACCCGGAACAACGUCUCCAUGACCCGCGUGCCCCUUGGCAGGAGCGCCUCCCUGUUGCUGCUGCAGCCGCACUGCAUAGCGGACCUGCAGCGGGUGGAGGCCCUCAGCUUCCAGCACGACUUCCUCACGUGGCUGAAGGACCUCACUCCCCGGGCCAUGCGCCUGACCCUGCCCCAGCUGACACUGCAAGGCUCCUAUGACGUGCAGGACCUGCUUGCCCAGGCCAGGCUGCCCACCCUGCUGGGGGCUGAGGCGAACCUGGGCAAAAUCAGCGAUGACCAGCUCAGAGUCGGAAAGGUGCUGAACAGCGUUCUUUUCGAACUAAAAGCAGACGAGAGAGAAGAGCCCACAGAGGCCACCCAGCAGCCUGACGGGCCCGAGGCCUUGGAGGUGACACUGAACACCCCGUUCCUGUUUGCCAUUUAUGAGCAAGACUCCACCGCCCUCCACUUCCUGGGCCGUGUGGCCAACCCGCUGAGUGCGGCGUGAGGCCUGGGCCACCAUGGAGCCGUGGCUGUCACCUUGAGCGAGGGCAGCGCCAAUUUUGUCACCCAUCUUCCGCUUUUCCUUCCACGGAGUCAGGGUGGGGCUGGAAGGAGGCCGUUUCUCCCUGGUCAACGUGGUGCUGUAUAUACUGAGCAGCGGAAACUGUGGGCAAAAGGCCUCUUGGGUUCUUAGAUUUAUCUUGGGCCCCGUUGUGUGGGGUAGAGUGUGGGGGCUCCAAGAACCAGAGUUUAUUAGCACAGGAUGGCUGUUCAGGAAAAGUUUGAACCGACCAACUGGUUGGUGAAAUCAACAAUGGUCUUCCUUUUCACCAGAGAACAGAAAUUGGAUUUUAAAAUGAUACAGUUUCCAUGGCCCUGGGUUUAUAUCCGGUUACAGAAUAUGAGCACACAACCCGCAUACGGUUUCCACGAUGCCUUUGUUUUCUUGUUGGUUUCUUAGUUUUCUUUCCCAGGACACUGUGCUCUCUGAAGAACACAAGCGUCUGAAUUUGUGUUAGAAUCUUAAUACCAUGGCUGAUUAUCCCUUGUGUUAUUAAUAAAUGUCUUGCAACAAUA